AUGUACACCAAAACGCCGUCUUACAGACAAAGUAAAAAAAGAUAUAGCGCGGAGAAAUACCAUUUAAAUAUACCUUAUAAACAAGGAAAGAAGAAUAAGAGUAAAGAAAAGUAUAGACUGAAUAAGCUAUUUCAAAAAGAAGUGAAGAACAGAAGUAUUACCAAAUAUCAUCUGAAUAUACCAUUUCAAGAAGUAGUGAAACAAAAGAGCAAAACUAAGUACAGAUUGAAUAUAAAAUUUAGAGAGGCAGUAAAAAAAGCAAGUGUACACAAGUAUGCAUUCGACAGUGGCUUUCAGGAAAAAUUGAAGAGGUUGAAUUUGUUAAGGUAUAGACAAAAUGUGCUGGUCAAAGAAAAAUACAAAGAAAGACUACGUAGGCAGUACAAACAUGACCUGCUUAUUAGACAAAAGAAAAUAUUGAUGAUAAAACAAAGACGUUUAAACAAAAACUACAAUAUGAAUAAUAUUGCAACUUUCUUUAGACAGCAAGUUAGAGACGGGCCAACAUAUGUAUGCUCAGUUUGUCACAAAUUUAAGUUCAAGAAACAGGUUGUCGUAUGCGACAAACAAAAGUACUCCAAAAAAGGCACAAAAAGCAUAGCAAUGGCAAAUCACUGCAUUACUGAACAAUUCCUUUCUAGCUGUUCGGAUCAAUGCAAAAAGACCUGUGAAACUCUACAUCACAAGCAAUGGAUAUGUUUUACCUGCCACUUCCACGUUCUGAAAGGUCAAUUACCAGCAGAUGCUUAUGUUAAUGGUCUUCAAUUGCCACAUAUUCCACAUCAACUAAAUUCCUUGAAUAAAUUGGAAAAACAACUUAUCUCUAUCAGGAUACCAUUUAUGAAAAUUAUACAGCUUCCAAAAGGAAAUCAGCGAGGUUUUGUUGGGCCAUGUGUUUCUGUUCCUACAGAUGUUGAGAAAACAACAAAUGUGCUGCCAAGGUGUGAAACUGAAACAGAACUAAUUAGAUGUAAACUCAAAAGAAAACUGGAAUACAAAGGGUAUGAUCAGUAUGAAUAUGUGAGUCGAAAGAAAAUUUGCAACGGUUUGAAAUAUUUACAGGAAAUAAAUCCAUAUUAUCAUGAUAAGUUGUUGAAUAAAAAAUGGAUAGACCAAACUCCUUCAGAUUUUGAGGACUUAGUGGUCGAAGAGACAGAACAUACUGAUUUCGUACCACAGGAAGAAGAUAAAAUUGAUAAUCGCAAUGAUGAAGAACAGUCUGUAAAGGACAGAGGCUUACCUUCGGACACGUGCCUACAACCUGUGGAUAUGGGACAGGAAAUUCUCGACCAGCAUUUUGAUCAUAUCUUCUGUGUUGCUCCAGGAGAAGGGAAUACGCCUGUACGCAUGUUGCAAGAAGAAGGAAAUGAAGCAAUGUCAUUUCCUGUUCAAUUUCCUGAAGGAUCAUUUGGAUCAUUUGAUGCUAAGAGAUCUAUGCAUCUUACACGUUCAAAAUAUUUCCAUGCUAGACUUUUCAGUGCUGACUCCCGAUUUUCAAGUGACACAUCAUACAUUUUUUAUGCUCAGUACUUGUCUGAACUUGAGCAGGUAAUUUCGAAAGUGUCAAUAGCAUUGCGCAAAAGUAGUGGAAAAGAUCAGACAGGAAACACCAUAACAGCAAGUAUGCUAACAGACAAGAACCAACUGAAAAGAAUUUUGACCACUGACCAGGGAUAUAAAUUCAUGACACCGAUCAGAGGAACACCUCCAUACUGGCAAGCAACACUCCGUGAUUUAAUGGCUAGUAUACGCCAACUAGGCAUUCCUACUUGGUUUGCAACAUUCUCUGCAGCUGACUUGAGAUGGAAAGAAACACUUCAAGUUCUCCUGGAGCAACAAAAAAGCACACAAUCUUUGGAAGAUCUUGAUUGGACUGGCAAAUCCAAAGUAUUACAAAACAAUCCAGUAAUGAGCGCUGUCAUGUUUGAUUAUAGGUUUAACACCUUCCUUAAAGAAAUCAUAAUCAAAAGAAAUAUCAUUGGUAAUGUCAAAGACCAUUUUCAUCGGAUUGAGUUUCAACAACGCGGAUCUCCACAUGCACAUUGUCUAUUUUGGAUUAAAGACGCACCAUUACUCGACACCCAUGACGACAAGACAGUGUGUGAUUUUGUAGACAGAUACGUAACUUGCGACCUACCUGGUGUUACUGUUGACCCUGAAUUACAUGAAAUAGUUACCAGUGUGCAGCAGCACAGCAAAAAUCACUCGAAAUCAUGUGCAAAGAAAGGGACAAAAUGCAGAUUUAAUUUUCCACGACCGCCAUCAGAAAAUACGUUCAUAUCUCGUACUCCAAGUAAAACAGGACCAACAGUACAAAGAUCAUCAAAACAGACACAUUCAUUUGCAAAAGACGUAUUAAUAAAACUAUGGAAUACUAUCAACACUGUAAACUUAGAACAUGUUACAACAGAAAACCUUUUUACUGCAGCUGGAAUAACUCAAGAAGAAUUUGAAUCAGCAUCAAACAUUGUAACAAAAAGAACCAACAUCACUUUGAAACGUAAACCCACUGAUAUCUGGAUUAAUCAGUACAACCCAAGUCUACUCCGUUGUUGGAAUGCAAAUAUGGAUCUGCAAUACAUAACUGAUGCCUAUUCAUGUGUUAUGUAUAUCAUCUCUUAUAUUUCAAAAGCAGAAAGAGAAAUGGGUGUAGUUUUAGAAAAUGCCAGAAAAGAAGCAGCAGAAGGUAAUUGUGAUGCCCAGGAUGCCAUGAAGCAAAUAGGAGGUGCCUACUUCCGGCAGCGGGAAGUCAGCGCACAAGAAGCUACAUAUAGGGCAUGUGGUCUUCACCUAAAGGAAUCAUCAAGAAAGGUCCAGUUUCUUCCUGUUGGUAAUAAUCCAGUAAAAAUGAGCUUACCACUUAAUAUCAUUCAAAUGAAGGCCAAUCAGUUAGAUGAUAGCAUAUGGAUGCAUUCUCUGUAUGAUAGAUACAAGGCUCGCCCACUCAGUUCAGACUUUGAUAUUAUCUGUUAUGCAUCAUUUUCAUCUGAGUAUCGUGUUCUGUCACCUUCACAAAUCCCAAAAAAACCUUCAGAAUAUGUUUUUAAACUGCAGAGCGAUCUUGGAUACAUUCGUAAACAUUCUCGGACAGAGGCAGCCGUUAUAGCAUAUCCAAGAUUUUCUAAAAACAAGAAUCCAGAGCUAUAUUUCAAAUCUAGUCUACAGCUUUUUUUGCCUCAUAGAAUGGAUGGCCAACUGAAGCCACUUAAAUUUAAAACCUAUGAGGAAAUGUAUUUCAAUGCAGCAGUUGCCCUUGACUUAUCAAAAGAACCACAAAAAGUAAAAGAAAUUGUAGAGUCAAACAGACAGGUAUUUGAGCACAAUGUAGACGAGUUAGAUGACGCACAGGAGUUGUUAGAAAAACAAGGGCCCCUCGAGGAUGCAUGGGCAUUGAUCGCUCCAGAGUCAGAAGUUGAACGUAUAGAAACACAGAGUGAGAAAGAACACCUUGGUCUUGAAGAUAGCUUAGAAAUACCUGAUUUAGACACUACAAACAAAAAACACAGAGGAGGGAUAGAGUUUGAAAUUAGGCAAAGCUUAUUCACUUCUCAAGAAUUAAAACACCUGUUGCGACAACUGAAUACAGAACAGAAAAUGGUUUUUUAUCAGAUAAGACAGUGGUGCCUAGAUAAAGUAAAUGGCAAAAAUCCAGAUCCUUUUAAGAUAUUUAUUAAUGGGGGUGCGGGUACAGGGAAGAGUCACCUGAUUAAGUGCUUGUGUUAUGAGGCAAGCAAAAUUUUGUCUCCACAUGCACCAAAUCCAGACGAUAUUGUCGUCCUUGUCACAGCACCUACAGCAACUGCUGCUUUCAAUAUCGGUGGAACAACUCUUCAUCAAGCCUUUGCACUUUCUAAAUCACUACCAUUUCCGUACAUUUACAUGCGUGAUGAGGAAAUAAAUAAGCUUCGCGGUAAACUUCAGAACCUUCAUAUUUUAAUUAUAGAUGAAAUAUCCAUGGUUGGUCAACGUGUCCUUCUCUAUGUCAGUGAGCGACUACGCCAAAUCAAGCAAAGUGGAAAUGCUCUUUUUGGAAACAUAUGUGUUAUUGCUGUCGGAGAUUUUUACCAGCUUCCACCCGUGAAACAAAAGUGUCUAUACGAUUUAAGACCGGAAAACUUUUUCCCACUAUGGAGUUCCAAUUUUUCAUUGGUUGAGUUGAAUCAAAUAAUGCGACAAAAGGAGGGUUCCGAGUUUGCUCACUUAUUAAACAGAUUACGCGUGAAAAAGAAAACUGAGCAUUUGCUACCUGGUGAUUAUUGUUUAUUAAAAGCCUGUUUGACACAUUCUGUUCCCGAAGAAAGUCUUCACAUCUUUGCCACUAACAAAGAAAUAGAUUUUCAUAACAGUAAGAUGAUAGCCAAAGUUUGCCAAGAAACAGAAAUAGUACUGGCACAAGAUUAUGAUCGAAAUCCAACGACAGGCGAACUUAUUCUCAAGACGUCACCAUAUGAUACUUCACAUGAUUUCUUACCUCCACAGUUAAUAAUUGGACCGAAAGCUAGAGUUAUGCUAAUACGGAAUAUUGACAUCACAAUAGGCUUGGUCAAUGGUGUAAUUGGAACGGUGAUUAGCAUUUUACCUGGCCGCAAGGAGUCUUCUUUGCCAUGUGCAGUAAAAGUACUUUUUGACAACAAAAGCAUCGGGAGAAAACCUGUCUCAUCAUCACAGCCAAGAGAACAUAUACCAAUUGACAUAACGCCAAUUGAGGAAAACUUGAAGAAAAAUGCUGUCAGACAUCAAUUUCCGUUGCAGUUAGCAUGGGCCUGUACUACUCACAAAGUACAGGGACUCACCACCGAUAAAGCUGUUGUCUCAAUGAAGAACAUAUUUGCUGCUGGUAUGGCUUAUGUUGCGCUCAGUCGUGUAAGAUCAUUGGACGGUUUGGUAAUUCAAGAUCUUAAUGCAGACAAAAUUUACUGCACUGAACAGAUUUCAACUGCACUGCAAAGGAUGCCAAAGUUUUUAGUCCAAAGACAAGAUGAGUUGAACCUAAAGCAAAAUCAAUUACGUAUAUUGCUUCAUAAUAUUCAAGGAUUGGUCCCACAUAUUGAAGACCUGCAGUCAAAUUGUGAUAUUCAAAAUGUGAAAUUUAUCUGUUUAACAGAGACCUGGAUGGAAAAAAAAUCUGCUUUGCCGAUUUUGGAACAUUUUCAUUUGAUACAUAAACCAAGAUCGGAAUCAUAUACAUCAACAAAAGGUAUCUUUAAUGACCUCAGUAACAAAAAACAUGGUGGUGUUGGUAUGUAUGUCAGAAAUCAGCAGCAGUAUACUCAACUAUCAUUACAAUCUUGUAAUAUUGAAUGUAUUGGUGUGAAUAUUGAUAUCAUCAAAACCAACAUAGUUGUAAUCUAUAGACCAGCAUCAUACACUACAUCUAUAUUUUUGGAACAGUUACAACAUGUUCUUGAUUCUUUACCACCUGAAGACGGAUCAACAAUAGGUAAGACUCCGUAUGAUCUAGCGGCAGCAGAAAAAAAGGGACAGUAUAAAAAAGUGAUGGAAUACUUACAGACUGCAGUACUAAGGACGAAAGAUUCUAUGUUGAACAAACUGCUUGGCAGCGGAAGCUACCAAUCUUUUGACAUGCGCUGCAUGGUAACGGGCCAGUUCGCUGUUGGGAAAUCAAGUCUAGUCAAGCUUUUAGUUGGGGAUAAUGUUCCAGAAGGGCGACAUGCCACUGAUGGCAUUUCCCUCGUUGAAGGUCGUUGUGGACUUGAUAUAGAGACAAGAAAUUGGAUCAUGAUUGAUCCAGAUAAGAAUACACAUUUACAUACAUAUGGUUUUAACACUACAUUUAUUAAUGAUAUACAUAGAGUAUUGUUUUGCAGGUAG